UGGGGUCCCUUCUGCCAGACAAGGCUGGUUGCCCAACUCAGGCAAGCAAGGCAUAUCAUAUAAUCACCCUCUAUCGGUUUUGUCCUGGUUUCCCCGCGACUGCAGUAGAUAGCAGACUGGACACGGAGACUGUAUCAUCGUCGUCAUCAUCAUCACUAUUCCCCUCAGAGCAGACUAACACCAUGACCGUCUACGUAGUAUCACUGUUUCUGCCCUACACGAUUGACUUCGAAGCAGCGGCAAUAAGCCGCGGUCGUCGUCGCUUCUCCCGCAACCAUCCCGGCAAGGUUGAGGGAAGGUUAGCUGAGUCUCGACGGGAGCAAUCCAGAGAUCUCAAUCUGACCCUGACACCGGGAGCCACGACAGACCAUGAGAAGAUCUUUAAGCCAUUCUAUGCGGCUGCAGAGGCACCGGCUGCAGAUCUUCCGAAAGGACCCACGCCCAGUGAGCCGCGUUCAGUUUCCUGGGGUGCCAGUCAUAAGUUCAAUCAGCCCAAGUUGAAGGCCGUCACCCAUCCGGACUCAUCUAUCUUGAGCCGUCCGGGAGGGGACGAGACCUCAGUCAAACUUGGGGACGGUGCUAUUUCCGACUCAAUAGACUCGGAUGACGAUAAUGGCAGUCCGCAAGUUUUGCUGUCCGAUGUAGACUGGGUGGUCAAGGCCGCUGAACAAGGCAAUGGUGGCCUACGCAAUGCCAUCAACGCAGCUGCAGACGCAGGCAUCCUGCCAAACAAGACGUGGGUUGGUACGCUGGGAAUGCCUACGGAUUCCUUGAAAGAGCACACGCGAUCGAACAUCGAUAGGACCCUACGGGAGGAGUAUGACUCGCUUCCAGUCUUCGUGAGCGACAGCGAAUUCGACGGUCAUUAUUCGCAUUUCUGUAGAACGGUGUUGUGGCCGGCUUUCCAUUACCAGGUCCAGGAGAGCCCCAGACACAAGGAAUACGAUGAUCACACCUGGAGACAGUACGUCAAGGUCAAUGAGGCCUUCGCAGAUACGAUCGCGUCAAACUGGAAGCCUGGUGAUAGUAUCUGGGUCCAUGACUAUCACCUCCUGCUGCUUCCUGCAUUACUACGAAAGAAACUACCAGAAGCGGAGAUUGGAUUCUUCAUGCAUGCCGCUUUCCCCUCCUCAGAGGUGUUCCGAUGUCUGGCCAUCAGAGAUGCACUUCUGGAGGGACUGCUGGGGGCGGAUCUUGUGGCCUUCCAGACGGAGGAAUACUGUCACCACUUCCUGCAGACCUGUAGCCGCCUUCUAAGUCUCGAGGUCACCUCCGAUGGUGUGCAGUUCAGAGACCGUUUCAUUCACGUGAAAAAUACCCCCAUCGGAAUCGAUCCAGUCUCUCUCUAUGAGACGCGGAAGACAGCGGAAGUCCAAGAUUGGGUCUCGAAGAUUCGCGACAGAUACGAAGGAAAGCAUUUGAUCGUAGCCCGCGAUCGCCUCGACGCUCCCGGUGGUAUCAAACAGAAGCUACUAUCCUACGAGUUGUUUCUAAAGAAAUACCCGAAAUGGAGAGAAAACGUCGUCCUCGUUCAAGUUGCUUCCUCGAUGUCUGAGCUUCCCGAGCUCGAGGCCCAGAUCUCCAAGAUCGCAAUGAGAAUUAACUCUGUGUACUCCACUCUGACACAUCAACCACUAGUGCUAUUGAAGCAGGAUAUCAGUUACUCCCAGUUCCUCGCGCUCAUGACAGUAGCGGAGAUCUUCAUGGUGACGAGUUUGAGAGACGGAAUGAACCUGACCGGUCAUGACUAUCUGCACUGCCAGGAUGGCAAGCUUUCGCCGCAGCGUUACGGUUCUCUCAUCCUGAGUGAAUUCACUGGAAGCGCUCAUAUUUUCUCCGGACACGAACUUCUGGUGAACCCUUGGGACUACAAGCAAUGUGCAGAGGCCAUCAAUCGAGCGCUCGAAAUGCCUGCAGAGCAGAAGCAGAAGAACUGGCAAUUCCUCAUCGACAAGAUGGCUCCUCAUACCGCGCAAGCAUGGUGCAAGUCGCUCGAUCAAGCCCUAUCCGACGCUCAUCAGACCCAAUUGUCCCACGAACCGAGUUUCGUCUCGCCUUUCUCAAUGGAUGCUCUGAAGGAAUCAUAUAAGCGCGCCCACCGCCGCCUGUUCAUCGUCGAGGAUGACAUUUCACUCUCGCUUUCCCCCAAGACCCCGCCCAAGCGAACGAUCGCUGCACUGAAUGGGCUGCUAAAGGAUCCCAACAAUAUCGUCUACCUCACCAGCAGCAAAGCCCCGGAAGAUCUCGAAUCCCGGAUCGAGGGUCUCUCCAAGGAUGUAGGUCUCAUUGCUGAAAAUGGCUGCUUCCUUCGCACUGCAGGUUCAGAAAGAUGGGAAGAGCUGGUAGACGCCAGUAAGACCAAGGAGUGGAGAGAUGGCAUCCGCAAAGUCAUCCAUUACUUCCAGGAGAGGACCGACGGAAGCUCCAUCGAAGAGGGACGUUGUUCCAUAACCUUCUGGUACAAAGAUGCUUAUGAUCCCGAACUCGCCGCCCGACAGGCCUCUGAGCUUGCCGACCAGAUCAACGGUUCUCGAGGUAGCGAGCCUAUCCGAGCCGUCUUGACGAAAGGUGCCGUGACCGUAGAGCCCACGGAAGUCACCAAAGCGACCGCAGCACAAUCCAUCCUCGAGCGACUGUCGGAAAAGCCAGACUUCAUCCUUGUCGCGGGCGGUGCUCGCGGCGACGAGCCUCUUUUCCGCUGGGCCAACGCGCUGGGCCAAAAAGGCACUGUCCCAGACGUCGCCACAGUCACCGUUGGCAGUCAUGUCACCGAAGCCAAGGCCAUGCUGCUCAACGAAGUGAGCGUCACCGAUAUCCUGGCUACUCUGCAAGCUCCUCCGGAUGUGAACGGUACUUCGUGAGUGGCAAGGAUAUGUAUCCCGCUCAUCAUGCAAUUAGAACAAUACAUGCCUCGGCAACAGCCCACGAAAAAAAACUUCAACGAUCCAUGACGAC